UCACUCUGUUUUCUGUACACUUGUCCUUUUUCCCCUAACAGUGAACCACAAAACCAAGAAAAUCGGAAGAUGUCUUUCUUAACUCCAGAAGAGUUCGUCCGUGCCCACCAUGGGCAGCGAUGCAUCAAGCGGGUGUGUUUUAUUCUUUUCAGUUUAUUGUGGAAUUCACGAGCCGUAUCAACUCACUUUCCUAUUUUCUUCUUCUUGACAUUAAUAGCAAACAAUGGUAUUGCCGCAGUGAAGUGCAUGCGCUCGAUUCGCAGCUGGGCCUAUAUGACCUUCCGCAAUGCGGAGGCCUUCUUCUUCGUCUGCAUGGCGUCACCCGAAGAUGUCCACGCUAGCGCGGAGUAUAUCAAGAUGGCCAAUAAGAUGGUCAUGGUACCCGGUGGAUCAAAUGUCAACAACUACGCCAACGUUGAACUCAUCCUCCAGACCGCUGUCUCUAAUCAUGUCGAUGCUGUCUGGGCCGGCUGGGGGCACGCUUCGGAGAACCCUCAACUCCCUGAAGUCCUUGCUAAGCACAACAUCGCCUUCUUAGGUCCUUCGCACGAAGCUAUGUGGGCGCUUGGUGACAAGGUCGCUUCGACCAUCCUUGCUCAAAGUGCCGGCAUUCCAACCGUUCCAUGGAGUGGCUCUCGCAACUUCCAGAAUCUCGAUUUAUCGCUCCAAGCUAACGACAACACUAUAUUUUCUCCACCCACCACAGACAUCACUGUGAAUAUCGAAAACCUGGAGAAGUCAGCUUUAACAGAGUCAACGAUGACGAUAGGAUCACCCGUUCUGUCGUUGCUCUCACAGGUUAUUUCGGCGGAUGACUUUGAGAAUGCCUGCGUGAAGACAGCGGAAGAGUGUCAAACGGUGGCUGAUCGCAUCGGCUACCCAGUGAUGAUCAAGGCUUCAGAGGGUGGUGGCGGGAAGGGGAUUCGACGUGUCGGCUGCGCCGACGAUGUUGCUACACUCUUCAAUCAGGUGGGAAGCGAGGUUCCAGAGUCACCGAUCUUCGUGAUGAAGUGUGUAGAACAGGUGCGUCAUCUGGAGGUCCAACUGCUGGCUGACCAAUACGGUGAAGCUAUAAGUCUUUACGGCCGCGACUGCUCCGUCCAAAGGCGGCACCAGAAAAUUCUUGAGGAGGCGCCGUGUGUAGUCGCACCAAAGGCCGUUUUUGAUGCCAUGGAGAGGGACGCCAUUCGUCUAGCGAAACUGGUGGGCUAUAGUAGUGCUGGCACAGUGGAGUAUCUCUACGAUCCAAAAACUCAGGAGUACUUCUUCCUGGAACUGAAUCCCCGUCUUCAGGUAGAACAUCCUUGUACAGAGGUGAUCUCCGGGGUCAACUUGCCCGCUUGUCAGCUUCAAAUCGCGAUGGGCCUACCAUUAAUUCGAAUCAAGUACAUCCGCCAGUUAUUUGGCCUCUCUCAGUCUUCCGAUUACUCAAUGUCGCUUAGUAACAACCUUCAUCUUCGUAAUCCACCAUCCUCGCAUGUCAUCGCGGUGCGUAUUACCAGUGAGGAUCCUGACGAGGGCUUUAAGCCGCACUCGGGCGAUGUCUUUGAGCUCAACUUUAAGAGCAGUCGCUCCGUGUGGGGUUACUUUAGUGUCGGUACUGUGGGCGGUAUCCAUGAAUUUGCCGACUCGCAAUUUGGACAUUGCUUCUCCGCCGAGGCCUCACGAGAGGAGGCUCGAGAGAACAUGGUGCUGGCAUUGCGAGAGCUUCUGAUUCGUGGUGAUUUUCGAACUACAGUGGAGUAUCUCAUCAAAAUCCUCGAAUCGGACGCCUACACUCGCAAUGAAAUCGAUACUGCAUGGCUUGACCGUCUGAUUGCUCAAAAGGACCGACCUGACAAACCGGAUGUCCUACUGGGAGUGAUGUGUACCGCCCUUCACAUUGGCUACAAUGCUUUUGAAAAGGCGAAUAAGACGUUUCACGCUCGAGUUGAGAGGGGUCAGUUCAUCCCCACUAACGAGUUAAACAACAUUGUGGAUGUUACCCUGAUCGCAGACGGUAUCAAAUAUGUUUUGCAGGUCAUUCGCACGGGUAAGACAUCCUUUCACCUAAUAACCAAUGGUGGUCUCCAAUCGGUCGAGGUGCUUCGAAUGUCUGGUGACGGUCUGCUAAUUAAUCACGAGUCCUCCUCCUACAUGACCUAUUGCCAAGAGGAUACACAGGGCUAUCGCACCGUUAUUGACAACCGUACUGUGGCUUUCUUAAAAGAAUAUGAUCCAUCCAUCCUGAGAUCACCGUCCACAGGAAAAUUGGUGCAGUACGUGGUUGGCGACGGAUGUCACAUCUUCGAGAACGAGGUUUACGCCUUAAUUGAGGUGAUGAAGCUGGUGUUGGAACUGCGAGCUCCAGCACCUGGUGUUCUCUUUCACCUUCGUAGUGUUGGUGCCAUUCUGGAGGCCGGAGUUCCCAUUGGAAGGCUCCAGCUGGACGAUCCAAAACAGUGUCAGAAUCUUCAACUUUUCACCGGUCAUUUGAUUCCAGUGCAUACCACAGAGGGGGCGGCAGACACUUGCAGCUCAUCGGACUUCAUGGUGCCCUCGAUAAGCUCGCUCUCCUACGGCCCCUUCAGUGAUGAAGGCGUCUUCUCUGGCUUUGACGCCACCACUUCCCUCGUCUCUGUGUCCCUUCAGUCUUCUGGCUUUGUCGCUACCACUGGGUCCGCUGUUCAUCGCAUCUUCACUCGAUGCCUCCGCGAACUGGAAGAGGCUCUCUUAGGUUACGUUCUCCCUGAACCCUUUUUCUCCGACUGGCUCAAGCCAAAAUUGGAUGAACUGUUUCAAUGUCUCCGUGACCCUAAUCUGCCCCUAUUCGAGCUAGAGGCAGAAGUUGUUGACAUCCUCACUUCCAGCCAAUUCGUUCAAAAUAUUGCUCGUCAUCCUCCUCAUUUUCCCGAAGAUAUGCGAGUUUCUGUGCUUAACUCUGUUCUUGGGAUAUUCAUGCCGCAUUUUCUUUUUUGUUUGCAGGAUUUGGUUGCUCAGCUCUUGGGUCGCCUUCCUAUUGCUGUGGAGCAAUCGCUGCGCUCUAUCGCCGCCUUCUACUCUAAUCAGCUCACCUCAGUGCUCACUAAUUUCCCAUCUGAGCGCAUACUUCGGGUAAUCGAGGCAGGGGCACCGAAAAGCCCUGCUGGUACCGAUGCUUCUGUCGUCGCCUACAAAGAACUCACCUCGCGUCUAGUCGAUCUUGCGCGACGCUUUGAAGGUGGUGUCCGAGGCCACGCCUCACGUGUCCUUGUCAAUCUUCUGGCCGCUUAUGUGGCGGUGGAGCAGCACUAUCAACAUGGCCAAUACGACCGCUGUGUGGCACUCUUAUUCGCUCGCCAGAAAGAGUCUACAGGAAGUGGUUGUAGUAGUGCUGGUGGUGGAGGAAGCAGUGAUAUAGCCUCUGGUCCCGACCUGUUGACGUGCUUCUCGAGUCGUCCUCAACUGGCUGAAUGGAUUCAGCGUCUGGCGGAUCCCACGUCAGUGGACGACGUGGUGGCGGUGCAUUUCUCACACCACCAAUUGGCUGCUAAAAACGCGCUUGUCUGUGGUCUUAUUGAGCACAGCGCUCGCCUGCGUGAGGAGCUACUCCCCCGCCUUAGCAGCGACCUCUUUGAUUCACUUACCGCUCUCACCCAACUUGGACAAGCGGAGAAUGCCAAAGUUGCGCUUACAGCGCGAAAAUUCCUCAUUUCGGCGCAGUCGCCGCCCUAUGAGGUUAGGCGAAAUCAGGUUGAAUCGAUAAUCCUCUCGGCGAUCAGCUCCUUCGGUGACAGCAACUCCACGACAGAGACUCUACAGCGUCUCAUCACCUCGGAGACAUCGGUGUUUGACGUGUUGUUAGAAUUCUUCUAUCAUCCGAAGCCCGCUGUUGUGAUUGCGGCGUUGGAGGUAUACGUGCGUCGGGCCUAUAUUACCUACGAGCUAACCGGCCUCCAGCACGUCCUCAUCACUCCAUUUACUGAUAAGGCCGCCAGUGCUCAUGCCAUCUUUUUCCGUUUUCUUCUGCCUAAUGCAUCAAUGCAAAUAAAAAUUUGGAAACGUGCAAUGAACGCUCAGAGUGCUCAGGUCCCUCUCCGCCAUUCCAUCGAGUCGACAUCUCCUCCACACUACUUCCUUGACCCUGAUGAUGACAUUGAUCCUGACCAAGAUCCCUUCGAUCCCUCCGUCGACAGAUUUGCUGAAAGUGAUGCUCCCGCCACCGCCAUUAAGCAAUCCUCAGACACAAAUCACUGGUUCAUCCCCGAGGUUACCGCUCCCGACUGCGUUGGAUUCCCCACAGAAGCUUCUGAUACGACCUCUUCCGCAUUUUCCAACGUAGUUCAGAGGACUUUUUCGGUGUCUGUAAUUCCCUCUCAGAUCGCCGCUGCGUCCAGUGAAGAUAUAAGAAUGCAAGAGAUCCAGAGGAGGGAACGACUUGGUGCCAUUGUGGUAUUCAACUCCCUCGAAGAACUGAAAACCUAUUUCCCUGCCUUUCUCUUCCGCUUUGAGCAGAAGCAGAAGGCAAUGUUGAUGGAGAGAAGGGCUGGAGGUCGACGUCAAGGAAGUUUUCCUUCGAGUCUUUCCUGCAGAAACAGCGUUGUGUCUUUUCAGGAUCCACCCUUCCAGACUUCGAAAGAUAACGAGGAACCUGUGAAUGUGAUUAAUGUUGGCCUCCGUUGGCCAUCAGAGGGCCAGGAUAGCCUCGGUGAGGAGGCGACGGUGCGGAUGUUGGAGGCAUUCUGCCAGGAGCACUGCAACCGCCUCAUAUGUGUUGCUGUUCGCCGCAUCACAUUUAUGCUCAUCACUCCAGGCAAAUAUCCUCUAUUCUUCAAUUUCCGCGCACGGGAUAAUUUCAAGGAGGACAGGGUAUAUCGAAACCUGGAACCUGCCCUAGCCUUCCAGAUGGAAAUUAAUCGGUUGCAGAACUAUGAUCUCGAACCCAUUCCAGUAUUGAAUCGGCGGAUGCAAAUGUACAUAGGGAAGGCCAAGAUGUCUCAGGGCCAAGGCGCGGUGGACUACCGUUUCUUUGUGCGCAGCGUAAUUCGUCACGCAGACCUCGUCUCCAAAGCUUCGUCGUUCGAGUACUUGCGGUCAGAGGCGGAGCGCACCCUAUUAGAAGCUAUGGAUGCCCUUGAGAUGGCCUUUUCUCAUCCCAAGGCCAACCUCACCACAGGAAAUCAUAUCUUCCUCAAUUUUGCCCCGACCCUCCUGUUGGAGGACAUUGCCCAAUUGCAGAGCACUGUGAAGAGUACUAUUCUGCGCUACGCUACGAGACUUAUCAAGCUGCGGGUCAAACAAGCUGAGUUGAAGCUGCUGAUCCGUCGUAGCAAGAAUGGGCCUCGUAUUCCCAUCCGUCUGAUCAUCUCUAACGAGCAAGGCUACAGCUUGGUGUUUGAGCUUUACCACGAGGUGCCCAAUCCAUGCACCGGUGCCAUACAUCUCGUCUCCUUUGGUCCUCGCAUCGGCUCGCUCCAUGGCUGCCUUGCUAAUGCUCCACAUCCGACCAAAGACUUUCUUCAGAUCAAACGAUUUCAGGCACAGAAGUACAGUUCUACAUAUGUCUACGACUACCCAGUGGUGUUUCGUCAGGUUCUGGACGAAGUGUGGAACUCCAUUGGUGGCUAUCAUCCAGCUACUGCUACGGCCAAAGGCAGGCCUGGCGAAUCGAAUAAGUCUAGCCGUGAUCCUGACGAUGGAAGUCAUUUGUUGGAGUGCAAGGAGCUCUGCCUUAAUUCAGCCGGUGAACUUGUCCACGUGGACCGACCACCCUGCCUUAAUAAGAUCGGCAUGGUGGUAUGGUACAUUUUGAUGCGCACUCCAGAAUACCCUGAAGGUCGACCCAUAAUUGUCAUUGCCAACGAUGCGACGCAUAACGCAGGCUCCUUCGGACCCUGUGAAGAUCUUAUCUUCUAUCGAGCUAGUGCGUUGGCACGAAGUCUGGGCAUUCCACGCAUUUUCCUCGCCGCCAAUACUGGCGCUCGCAUUCGUCUUGCUGAAGAGGUUAAGGCUGUCUUCAGGAUUGCAUGGACCGAUGAAAAGCAUCCUCAAAUGGGCUUUGACUACCUCUACUUGACUCCGGAGGACUACGGGAAGCUGAAAAAGAUGAAUUCUGUCAACUGCGAGAAGAUAGUGGAGAACGGAGAGGAGCGCUACAAAAUAGUUGACAUAAUAGGUAAAGAUUUUGAUAUCUCUGUGGAGAAUUUGCGCGGCUCCGCCUUGGUAGCGGAGGAAACAGCGCAAGCCUACGAGGAGUGUUUCACCCUCAGUGUCGUCACUAGUCGCACAAUUGGUAUUGGCGCCUAUCUCGUGCGUCUGGGUCAGCGGGUUAUUCAGAUUGAAAAUUCGCAUAUUAUCCUCACGGGUGCAAUGGCACUCAAUAAACUGCUAGGCCGACAGGUCUAUACUGGCAACGGACAGUUGGGCGGUGUGCAGGUGAUGGCCAACAAUGGUGUGUGCCAUCUCGUGGUGCCGGAUGAAUACUCCGCCCUUCAACAGGUGGUCCAUUGGCUAUCCUUCGUGCCCAUCAGCCGAGGAGCUCGACUACCGAUAUUUCGCCGUCCCCCACCUGACCCCAUCGAUCGACCGGUGGAGUAUGUGCCCUCUCGUGAGAGAACUAAUGAUGAUCCUCGAUGGAUGUUCACUGGGGUCAUGAGUGGUCAACUGCAAUCACCUUCCGCGUCAAAGUCGGCGAAAACAGAAUCGCCUGAUUCAGCUGUAUCACCAGUCAAGCGAGUAGACCAAAUCUGGCUUUCGGGCUUCUUCGACGGCGGCACAUGGCAAGAGGCGUUGGGUGCGUGGGCGCCGGGAGUGAUUGUGGGACGUGCGCGCCUAGGCGGCAUUCCCUGUGGGGUGGUGACUCCAGAGACUCGCGUCUCCGUGUGCAGGGUGCCCGCAGACCCGGCUAAUCCCGCCUCGGAGGUGCAGACCAUCAAUCAGGCCGGACAGGUUUGGUAUCCAGAUUCCUCCUACAAAACUGCGCAAGCGAUUGCGGACUUUGCACGUGAGGAACUACCCCUCUUCAUAUUCGCCAACUGGCGUGGAUUCUCUGGAGGACUGAGGGACAUGUAUGAUCAGGUGCUGAAAUUCGGUGCUAUGAUAGUGGAAUCCCUCCGCACCUACCCUUCUCCCGUCUUUGUCUAUCUGCCACCACAUGCGGAAUUGCGUGGUGGUGCCUGGGUGGUCAUUGAUUCUGCCAUUAAUCCCGAUCACAUGGAGUUCUUUUGCACACCGCGCACCUGUCGUGGGGGUGUGAUCGAACCAGAGGGCACUGUAGAAAUCAAGUACCGUUCUGCAGACCUCAUUGCUACCAUGAACCGUCUUGAUGAGCUAUGUGCAAAUCUCACUGCUCAGGUGGCUGCUGCCAAGGCCGCAUCGCCGCAGUCAUUUGCGGUUGUGAAGGAAUUGCAAGACCGUUUGAAACAGCGUCAGGAGUACCUCAUGCCCAUCUAUCAACAAGUCGCUCAUCACUUUGCAGAUCUGCACGAUACACCAGGUCGAUUGGUGGCACGGGGACUGGUGCAUGGGAGCGUGGAGUGGGGAUCUAGUCGCGCCUUCUUUUUUGCUCGCCUUGCCCGGCGUGUGCUGGAGCAGGAAGCAGUGGGCCGGUUCUGGCGCGCACACAACCCUACCGUCUCCAGUCGGUCGACGGCAGGCUUUUCGCAAGGUCUUUUCAAGUCUUCUCAACAAUCUGAGGAUCUAUUAAACAGUGGUAAGGUGCCCAUUGAUGUGGAACUAUUUAUAGCGCAACGACCUCGGUUCUCCCUGCCAACGGUGUACGAAAAGCCCAGUAGCACGCCUUUUGUUGGUGUUUCUCCUGCAGACAACGGCGGCUCGAGCGUGGUACGGGAUGAAACGGAGCCGCUCCUUACCACGGCAGAACGCGCUUGUCAGCUGAUUGCCCAGAUUGGCGCUCGGCGAGGCGUCUCCAUUCAGCGAGCACUGACUCGCCUUCGACAGUGGUUUUUGGAAGACAUGCGAUGGGGAUCGAAGGAGACCGGUGCUAUUAAGGGGAAGAAUGAGAAAACAGAAGAGGAAGCAGCGAAUGAGGCCGAGUUGAUGUGGGAACGGUGCGACGUCACGGUAGCUCGUUGGCUAGCAGGCCAGAUGGGUGAUACGCGUAUGGCGGAGGCGUUGCAGGGUCUCCAUGACCUCUACUUCGAUCCAUCAACGUCAGUUUGGAGCAUGACAAAGCAGAUGAUGGCGGAAGGAGUGACAGGGGCUCCCACUAAUGCUACCUCUUCAUCUUCAUCCUUUUUGCCGCGACUAGAGGAUAUAGCGAAGGAGCAGCUUAUUAGUCAUAUUACUCGGUGA